GCUGCCCAAUCGCGCACGAGCAGCUGCGUUAGCUUCCCCUCUGCGUGCGGGAAGAACAUGGCGGAUCGUCUCACGCAACUGCAAGACGCGGUGAACUCGCUUGCAGAUCAGUUUUGUAAUGCCAUUGGAGUGCUGCAGCAAUGUGGUCCCCCUGCCUCUUUUAAUAACAUUCAGACAGCAAUUAACAAAGACCAACCAGCCAAUCCUACAGAAGAGUAUGCCCAGCUUUUUGCAGCACUGAUUGCACGAACAGCAAAAGAUAUUGAUGUUUUGAUAGAUUCCUUACCCAGUGAAGAAUCUACAGCUGCUUUGCAGGCUGCUAGCUUAUAUAAGCUAGAAGAAGAAAACCAUGAAGCUGCCACAUGUCUGGAGGAUGUUGUUUAUCGAGGGGACAUGCUUCUGGAAAAGAUACAAAGUGCUCUUGCUGAUAUUGCACAAUCACAGCUGAAGACAAGAAGUGGUACCCAUAGCCAAUCUCUUCCAGACUCAUAGUACCAAUGAAUACCAUGUGGCUAAAGAAAGAACUGUUUCAAUGCCAUUAAGAAUUCUGCAUCAGAUUUAGAUGUAAGCCUUACCAACAGUUACAGAAACAUUAAACACUGACAUGUGUUACCUUUUUAGCUAUUUUUAAAAGUCUUCUAUUUUAACUUUUGAUAAAUAAGCUUAUAAAAUUGUGAUUGAACCAGCUUUAAACCAUCAUUAUAACAUUUUUAUCUGCAUAAAAUUAUGAAAGCAGAUACUACAUUAGUGAUCAUAAUAUAAUUAAAUACACUAUAAAAUUCUUUUGUGAUAGAAUUUAUAUCUUUAUAUUUGAUGUAUUUCAAAUCAGACCAUUCCUCAAGCCAGAGGAGAAGGAGGUAAGUGCAGUGAUACAGUACAUUUCAGUUUAGGUUGGUGUCCUUCUGCCUCUUUAGAGGUGGCAGUAUAUAAAUUUGGAGCUUUAAGCAAGAAAGUUUCUGAAACUGUAUUGCUUUUGAGAAACAGUGAGAGUUAGUGUGGCUGGAUGAGAGUAGGUCACUUUUAUGCAAACCUUUUUCUCUUCCUCAUACCUGUUCUAGUUCAUACCUCAUACCUGUUCUAGUUCAUCUUGACAUUUGUUUUUACUAAGAAAUGCUCUUGUCUGUCUGUGGAAUUCCCCUGCUAUUGUGAGAGAAUUUUUUUCUUCAUCCUGAACUAUUUUUUUCCCAUAUCCUUUUACCUGCUUUUUUUCAUCCUUCUCCUUAAUUUGCUCAUCAUCAUAGUGAAGUAUGUUUCCUCAAUCAUUGAUUCCUUCUCAUUAUCUCUAUUUAUCUGAAGGUAUUGUCUUUUGAUCUUAAUAACCUCUCAACUUUUAUUUGUAUAUUCUAAUCAGACCAGAGAUACUUUACUACAUCAGUUACUUCAAUAUUAUUUUCUCCAUUUCAUCUCAGUUUGUUAUAGCUAACAUUUGUGUCAACAUUAUCAACUAUGGUCACUCAUCCAACUCUUGGAUCUGCUUGAAUCCACCAAUUAUUUACACGAGAAUGCUGGAAUUAAAAUGCUUCACAUUUUAACUGAAUCUGUCUCCUGAAACUGUAUUUUUCAGACUAUCCCAAGCUACAUUUCCUUAGCAAUCUGUUGCUAUUCAGCGUUUUGGGAGAAAGCUCAAGAACAAUAGAAUGUUCUGCCUAUCAUUUUUAUCAUAGUCAAGCUUUUCCAGAACAGUUUUUGAAAAAUACUGUGUUCCAAAGUUUGGGGGCAUAAGCAUUAGCUGGCAAAAGUUGCAGCAAUUUAUUGGCUAGUCAUAGAAACAUUUUGAACUUUUAAUUUUUAUGUGUAUUGUCAUCGAAGUGUAAUAAAAACACUUUGCUAUCA